UAGAAUUGCCGCUGGGCCUUACAUCGAGACUCACGUCAGCGUGGGGUCUUCAUAAGUCUGAACGUACAGGUAGAGGUAUCACGUCAAAGGUGUCCACGGUACCCUUCUCCUCUCGCCGGUCACCGUCUUCCAAACAUAAAAAAGUCGGCAAUCCUUCCCGGUGACUAUUUCAUUCUUCUAUACAGUAUUUUUCAAUGUUUGUGUCUUCACGGUCGCCGAGAUCCUCCUCUCUAUCACAUUGGAUACUGGAAGCCAACUGAUCAUAUCUAUACUGCUCAUUCGUCGUUCGUUUUCACGGUGAGCAGGUAUUGUCGUGACGUGCAGUUCUCGUUCGGAAAGAGCACCGCCUCUAUUUCUUGGGGUCAGAAUCUUGGCUUCCCGUAUUGCUGCUUAAAGUGACAGUUGGCGCCGUCACAUUUAAGACUGCCGGAAGUGGAGGCGAAUUAAUGUGAAGAAGUUUUCCAGGAACUGAUGGCAGUUUGCAGUUUGGAAUUUGAACCAGUCGGCUCUGUACACAAACACAGAAAAGAUCAUGAAAGAGAAAUUCUUGUUCAUGGUGUUUUCGCGCGUUUAUGUUAUGCGCCUCUGUGACUUCCACUUGAAGAAUACUACAAGAUUUCAACACCACUAAAUCUCUCUGGCAAUGUGGCUCGGCAGAUUGGGGUUGAAGAGGCUGCAUCCUCUUCAUGUUCUCUGUUUAUGGGUAUUCACACACGACGGAAGUCGUAGUAGAAAAAACCACAAUUGACGAUCGCGUUGAGAAUACUGCGAUCAGCAUUGCAAGUCCUGAACAUGUCCUUGGCAACUUCAGUUAUCGUUCCUCCUUUUCACACCUGAUGCUGAAAGAUGCGGAUUUCUGGAUGAGGAUUAUGGCGAGGUUUGGAUAACUCAGGGAACCCUUGCUGCUGACUUUUAUGUGCUGUGGGAGGAGCGACUCAGAGCAGGAUACUGAAGGCUCUGUCGACUUAUAUCCUGACCUUAGAGAAUUCGAGUCACUAGCAGCAGUCACUAGUCACCAUGGGACCAACUGGCAAAGAAAGAGCCAAUCGAGCGUUCGAAGCCAUGGAAGAAUUGGGCCUGGAUAGGAAGUCCAUUAACCCGAUUUUGAGAGAAUUAUUGAAGGUGUAUAACAACGAAUGGAGCUAUAUAGAGGCAGAAAACUACCGGUUACUUGCUGAUCAAGCUUUCGAGCAGCAGGAGGCCGUGGUCACUUCAAAAACACCAGCAAGUCCUCGUCAAACUCGAGGCUCAGUCUCCUCGGCAAGUACUUCUUCUGCUGAGAAAGGGAAAAAGCCCAUUUGUUAUGUGGACUCAAUGAGCUCGGAGACACGCACGACUAAAGACGAGAAGCCGCGAGCUCAUUCUCAGGAGGUUGCAGCCAGGCCAUUAGUAGGAGCUGGUAGAGGAUCAGCAAAACCUGAUUUGCUAGCCAAGGUAAAAACUGAAAAAGAGGCAGAUGGGACGUCGGAACCAGUUUCUACACCGCUAGAUGUUGAACAUGCGGGGAUUAGGCCGAUGCGUGAUAGGCCGGAGUUGUUGAAGAAUGAAGAAACAAAGUUGGGCCAGUCAUCACCUGCUGCUUCUGCUGCAGCUCCAUCUUUAUCACCCGGCAAGAAAAUAGACGCACAGACUCUUGAGGAGACUUUGAGGCGAGUGGCGAGUACAAAUCCAGAGAUGAGCAUCGAAACCAGAAGCACAGGGGUUGACAAUGGCACUCUGCUGAUUGUCAGCGAGCCGGAUAAGAAGGCGACGUUUCAGGCUAUCAAGGACAAUGGCAAUACAAAGCCAGAUGCUGAGAAGAUGGAACUUGCAAAUGAGCUAGCCAAGGAAUCCCUACUGCCAAGUUCUAGCAGCACUAUAAUGAACAACGGCCACCAGAUUGUUGAAAGGUCUGUUCACGAGCCUGCUAGUGACAAGAUUAGAGGCGAUGGUGUUGUAAUGAGUGGAGGACACAGCUGUCCAAAGCCUAUUGGCGAUAAUAUUCAAUGGUUUAAUCCUGGGAAAGAUGGAGAAAGCGUACUUUUGUUGCUGGCUGAUAACUACUCUGAGGAUGAAGAAGAUGAGCUGAAUGUGCCAAUUAAGUCAGUGGAGCCUCAGAGUGGCAAUUAUGAGCCUGAAGUCCUCGAUUUGAUAAGGAAACCAGAUUCUGGUCUCAUAAAUAAACCUAGGGAAGAUCGGCAGCAACAACCUUUGGAGUCGAUUAAGACUGACCCGGUGAAUGAAGAGUCACCAAAACAACCACUCGAUAAGGAUUUCUGUGUUGAGGAGCUUGAACCUGCAGUCGGAACACCUGAACGAAUUCGACCUAGGUUCAUUUUGGGAAAAGUGGAGGUUGCAGCAGCUUCUGACGAAGAUUCCCAACCGAUUUCAGGUUUGAUACGAUUCGAGGCCGAAGGCACCCCUGCUACCUUGAAGAGAGGAAUAGCAGAUCUCGAGGAACCUACCCAUCUGAAGCGGAUGAAGCAUGAUAUGGAACCAGAGGCUGGUCCAAGUCUUCAAAACGGAUUCGUUUCCUGUAAUGAGGUCAGUCUGAAAGAUGUCACUCAAGACAACGACGAUUGUCCCAGGCCAUCAAGUGCAGCCGCUGUGUUUAGUUCUGACGAUACCAAGAAGAACUUGACAAAGACAGAGAGUACUAGUCGAGCUAGUUCCAAGAGAAGUUUAAUCACUGCAGAUAGUAACAAUUCAGCCGGUACCAGGAGGAAGUUGAUUAUAUCUGUAAGUCCCAGUCCCGAGGGGAGUCCUGUGGGUAAACCUUGUGUUAAUAACGAUGUAUCAGGAUCCGUGAAGACCAAUGGUUGUCUCAGUACUGCAAAUUUGUUGGAGUUGGAAGCUGCCACCACAACCCCUAUGUCUAAGACAAAUGGAGCAGUUACUUCUGGAGGUUCCGACCUCUCAAUACCUGAGAAUGUGAUGGCUGCAAUCGCUGUGGUCAACACUGUCAUACACCCAGACGAGUUUGAAGACGGGCCUGCGAGGAAGAAGUUAGCACAUUGUCCAACUGACAUAUCCAGAGGCACAGAAAGAUUGCCCAUACCAUAUGUUAAUGAAUACAACAGUGAUACGAUACCUUCUUUAUUCAAGUAUAUCCCUGUUAACACAACGUUUCAAGAUGCAUAUGUAAAUUUUUCCCUGGCAAGGGUUGGAGAGGAAGACUGUUGUGGGGGAUGUUAUGGAGAUUGUUUGAAAGCUCCAUACCCUUGUACCUGCACAAGGGAGACGGGAGGUGUGUUUGCUUAUACCAAGGACGGCCUUUUAAAAGACGAAUAUCUGCAGCACGAAGUUGAUUCGCUGCAAAAUGAAGAGCUUAAAGAAAAACUCGUAACUUUCUGUCAGUCUGGCUGGGAUUGUCCAAUCGAAAGAGCGAAAAGUAAUUUUCCUGAAAAUUGCAAGGGGCAUUUGUCCAGAAAUUUCAUCAAAGAAUGCUGGCACAAGUGCGGCUGUAGUAUGGAAUGCGGAAAUCGUGUUGUCCAGCGUGGAAUUACCCGUAAUCUUCAGAUAUUUUUCACACAAGAGGGCAAGGGUUGGGGCCUUCGAACCCUGGAACAACUACCUCCUGGUGCAUUUGUCUGUGAAUACGUAGGUGAGAUUAUGACUAAUAUCGAGUUAGAUAAGAGGAAUCACGCACAGAAAGGCGAGUCAGUGGGUGCGCACACAUACCCAAUACUUCUGGAUGGUGAUUGGUGCUCGGAGAAAGGUCUUAAAGAUGAGGAGGCUUUGUGCCUUGAUGCCACCAAUUUUGGAAAUGUUGCUCGCUUUAUCAAUCACAGGUGUUUUGAUGCUAAUCUGAUCGAUAUGCCCGUUACUAUCGAGAGUCCAGAUCGACAUUACUAUCAUGUAGCUUUCUUCACCAGCCGUGCAGUGCGAGCAAAUGAGGAGUUAACUUGGGAUUACAAGAUAGAUUUUGAUGACAACGAACAUCCCAUCGAAGCAUUUCGGUGUUUGUGUAAAAGCCCGUUUUGCAGAGGGUCCUCCGGAAAGAAGGCCAAAAAAGUCAUCAAGAAAACUUCCUGCUGAUUGGACGGAGUAACUGUGAAAAACAUUGCUUCUGUCCAGAGAAUCUUAAGUUCAGAACUCUGUACUGUAAGUAAAGAGAGCCGUACAAGUACCAGGCUACCACUUGAAGUGGACAACCCGAAACCUUUUUGACUGAGAUAUGUAUACCGUCUGAUAGGAACAGGCGGCGUGAGGACAAUUACUGAGGGACUUAGUAGCUUACUUCGAGCAGGAGAAUCAUGAACAUAGAGCUUCUCGUAAUAGAGCGACUGCAACUCAUUGGGCUUGCGACAACCCACAGACUCGAUUGUGAAUACCACUGAGAAAGAGGUAUUCGCCUGUGAACGUUUAAGGGCUCACAUCGUUAGAGUCAAAAGUCAAAACGGGCAUUCUUGACUUCUGGAAGACUUUCCUCCUUCCAGUAGACCAGGGUUGUAAAUCUAAAUUGGGCAGUUUUUCGUGUAUUGGGAAAACUUUGUACAGACGCAUUCCUCUCGCAAAUUUUGGAACGAGAUUUUAUCAAAGUCCGCUCAUGUAUAUAAAGUUUGC